UGCCGUGGCUGGAAGUUACUGUGCGGCGGCGGCGGCUAAGAAGGCGGCUGUGGUGGCGACGGCGGCGGCUGAGACGGCGGCUGAGGCGGCGACGGAGGAAAUAGAAGAUGGCAGAUUUUUUGAAAGGACUGCCCGUCUACAACAAAAGCAAUUUUAGUCGAUUUCAUGCAGACUCUGUGUGUAAAGCCUCGAACCGACGUCCCUCAGUCUACCUGCCCACGCGGGAAUACCCAUCUGAACAGAUCAUCGUGACAGAAAAGACAAACAUCCUUUUGCGUUACCUACAUCAGCAAUGGGACAAAAAGAAUGCCGCCAAGAAGAGAGACCAGGAACAAGUGGACCUCGAGGGUGAGAGCUCUGCGCCCCCCCGCAAGGUGGCUCGGACCGAUAGCCCAGACAUGCACGAGGACACUUAAGACUCACACUCCCCCACAGGCGCCUCUUGUCUUCUGUGCUCCCCUCCCACCGUGUGUAAGCGCCCCUGCCCGCACCCCGCCUUGUCCACACCACUUCCAACCUCAUAGGAGCCAAUGUAUUUAUUUUCCUUGAGUUUUUAUUUAUGCUGUAUAUGUCCCAAGUGAUGGUUAAAGGGGCCGUCAGACACAGUAGUGUGGUAUUGGUAGAUGCUUUUUAAACAUUGUUUCUCCCUCCAUCCUGUUCCCCUCCUCCCACUUCUCCAGACGCCAGAGCGGGUCUGCGAAGGUCUCGAGCCAGACCUGCUGCAUCAGGCAGCAGCUUGGGGGCCCUUCUGCCCACUCCCAUCUGCUUGUCUAGGCCUUUAAGACUUGGCCUUGUCUCAAGUUCCACUGGGACCUAUUCAGUGCUCAGAUCCUGCUCUGAGCGUGUGCAAGGGGAAGUCGGCCCUUCUGGAUCUUUCUCCUCAGUCAUUUUAUCAUGGACUAGUGCGUGCUCCAUGUCCACCCCAAUAAAAGGGUCUUUCCUACUUGA